UUUAACUAGUUUUAAAACCCUUUCACUUUCGAAUUCUUUGUUACGAACGAGGAAAUAAUCCCUGACGGUCCGUCGCUCACCUUCGUCACAUUACACAAACUAACCUCUAAAACCUAGAAUACACUUUAAUAUAAAGGUUAUAAACUGUAAUGCACGAUGGCUCUGUUCGAUGUAAGUGGUUUUAAGCCUCAUUCUGAGCUCAGGAGACAGAUUCUUCCUGGAGGACAGACGCAUCUCGUCGACAGAACCAACCACUACAACUUCGGGGCUAAAACUCAGGAGUUUGCGGUUCCUUUGGGUGUAGAUCCCUCAGGGUUUCUCAAGUCCUGCAACCGUGAGGGAGGGGUGUGUAUAGAACUGAACCACGGUACCACCACCUUGGCCUUCAAGUUCAGACAUGGAGUCAUCGUCGCUGUGGACUCCAGAGCCUCAGCUGGUCGCUACCUGGCAUCCAACGAUGUCAACAAGGUCAUAGAGAUCAACCCCUACCUGCUGGGCACCAUGUCGGGCAGCGCUGCAGACUGCCAGUACUGGGAGAGACUCCUGGCCAAAGAGUGCAGGCUGUACAGACUGAGAAACAACCACAGGAUCUCUGUGGCUGCGGCCUCCAAGCUGCUGUCUAACAUGAUGCUGGGUUACAGAGGCAUGGGUCUCUCUAUGGGAAGCAUGAUCUGUGGAUGGGAUAAAGAGGGUCCUGGUCUGUACUACGUGGACGAUAAUGGGACGCGUCUGUCCGGACGAAUGUUCUCUACCGGCUGUGGCAGCUCUUUCGCCUACGGCGUAGUGGACAGCGGUUACAGAGAAGACAUGACGGUGGAGGAGGCGUAUGAGCUGGGCCGUCGGGGCAUCGUUCACGCUACACACAGGGAUGCUUACUCUGGAGGGGUGGUCAACAUGUACCACAUGCAGGAGGACGGCUGGAUAAAGGUGUGUAAGGAGGACGUGUCAGAGUUGAUCCAUCGCUACAAGAAGGGAAUGUUCUGAGUUUGACCCCUUUAACAAAGAGCAACAUCAGCAGUCUGCACAUUCCCAAACCAUGCCUUUUGUUCCAAAAUUAAAUCUGAUUUAGGAAAUGAAUGACUCUACUUUGUCUGAUUCUGUAUCAAUGAAAUGUCAGUCAGAGCAUUUCUUUCCUUACAUAUCCACCUGAACUUCACAGGUUCAGACUGUUCAGAUCUCUUUAGUUCAUUUCUUUAUGUUUUCUUGGUGCUGUGCAUGUCAGUACUGUUGCUCUCCAAACGUGUGGUUCAGUGAAGUAAUUUGUGCUUACCAGACAUCACAACACAAAGCUCUUAAAUAAAAACAGUUUCUCAAACUA